GCCAAGCUUGCAACCAACCCUGCCGUGAUCUUAGCUCUACAUCCAGACAGCGGAACCGGACAACAAUACUACUAAAUGACCAAGUGUCCCCAACUCGCCGACCCCAAGGGCUUCAUCGCCACCUACCCCUCCGCUCCACACGACAACAACUGCUGGGACAUCGCCUCCACCAAGACCCUCUCCCACGAUGGCGGGGGUGACAGCAAUGGCAUAGCCAACAUGCUAAAAUACACCCUGACGAAGUACAACGCCGACCCCAAAAGAGUAUUUGUGACCGGGACUUCGUCCGGCGCAAUGAUGACAAACGUCAUGUGUGCAGUCUACCCGGACCUCAUCGCGGCCGGCUCUGGUUACUCGGGCGUAGCAGCGGGCUGCCUAGCCGGGUCUCCUGGCUCCUCGCCCACAACAACCUGCGCUGACGGCAUCAACAAGACGCCUUCACAAUGGACGUCUGUCGUUCAGCCAUGUAUCCAACGUUCAACGGGAGUUAUCCGAAAAUGCAGGUGUGGAACGGGACGGCGGAUAAUUUUGUCAAUUAUCUGAAUCUGGCGGAGGAGGUGAAGGAGUGGAGUGGCGUUUUGGGCGUUAGUGGGGUGAAGAAUGUCACGGAUAGCCCGCAGAGUGGAUAUACGUAGAUGGUGUACGGGGCGGGACUAGGUUCACGGCGUAUAGUGCCGCGUGAGUAGGACAUACGGUGCCGGUGCAUGAGAGUGUUGAUUUGAAGUGGUUUGGGCUUACUUAGUUUCCAAUCUUUUCUCAAGACAUAAAAACAAAGUCUUUCCUCACACAGCUCAGAGGUGGUGUUACGCCG